AACUUCCAUAUUUCACAAACUAAAUUGUAACACCAAACAAGCAUCACACACAUGGACGGAACGAAGCUUACAAUGGUGGCGAUGGCCUUGUUUGCCGCGGCAGCAUUUCUCCUGCCGCAGGAAACCACCGCGCUCGUGCCCUACAUGAGCCCCCGGUCGAUAUGGGAGCUCAUGCUGCCCCCGGCCGACGACCCCUUCCAGAUCCUGGAGCAGUCGCCGCUGGCCGCAGCCAGAGCUGCCGUGGAUGAGACCGCGGUGGCUCUGGCGCGGGCGGACUGGCGGGAGACGGCGGGCGAGCACCAGAUCUCCCUGGACGUCCCCGGCAUGAGGAGGGAGGACAUCAAGAUCGAGGUGGAGGAGAACCGCGUGCUCCUAAUCAGCGGCGAGCGGCGCACGGAGGAGGAGGAGGUCAAGGACGAGCGCUGGCACAGGGUGGAGCGCACCGCCGGCAAGUUCUGGCGGCGGUUUAGGAUGCCGGCGAAUGCUGACAUGGAGAAGGUGAGCGCACGGUUGGAGGACGGGGUGCUGAGGAUAACGGUGCCAAAGGUGAAGGAAGAGGAGAUGAAGAGGGAGCCUAAGAUCAUCACCAUAGCCACCUCUGACGCCAAAGAGCUCCGUUAAUUUUACUAUUGUUUUGUAUUUGGGUUACAUGUCAAAUAAUGUCUGUAUUUUCGUUUCUUUCAUUUUCUCAAAUAAUUGCAUAUGUAGGGUUGCGCUCGUGAAAUGUAUCAAUAAUAAUUUGUGAGUUAGCUCGUUGGAUCUAAA